AAGUCAGUAGCACCAGGAAAGCUAGCAAGGAAGGGUGAGGAACGAUGUUCAUCAGUUCAAACAGAAAUAAGUGUUCGUGAUUAUUACUCAUUUGUUCAGGAAAGUGACAUAAAAAAGGUGAACAAGCAAGUCCUGCUUUUCUCGCACUAAAAGUCGUAAAUAUCUAUAUACGUACGCCGAGGAUUGACCACAACUAAAGCGUUCGCCGGACAGCCGAAAAUAUCUCAAUCAGAGAUAAAUCUUUCUUGAUCUCCCCGAAGGAAGAGCGUCCAAUCACGAGACUGACUUAUAGCGUGAGAAGUGCUAUUAAAGACGGAUUGAGACAGACUCGAGCUCUCUACCACCACUUUUACACAGGCACCUUAUCGGCUUCCAUCUUGGAAUUUCAUACCCAAUAUAUCUAUCCAGCUGUCAGAGGAGAUUAUUUUCAUCUGCUCCGGAAAGAAAGGACAGCCUAGGACUCGGUCGGGUCUCUGCCGCCUAAUAGCGCCUAAUACCUACUCCUUACUGUUCCACAGUAAUAUCGUAAACUUUUUUGGUGCUCCCUGUCUUUUACGAGGUGGAUCAAAACAAGACGACGACCCAGUCAACUGUCGUACGUGUUGUUGUUCCUAUAAAAGACCUUUUAUUUACUUCCGAGUGUCCCGAGUCAAAGCCAGCCACCGAGCCUCCGAGUAUCUCACCCACGUGUGUGUGUGUGCGGGUUUGUAGUACGUCAAAACGUCGUAUGUGUUUGUGCCUAUGGACCGAGUGAUCUUGGGGGAGCAGUAGCCUCGUGUUUAAAGUGUGUUGUUAACAACUUUAUUGGACAACAUUGGCCUUGAUGAGGACAGCAGAGCGGACAAAUAAUCGUGAUCACACCAUGAGUCGCUCCAAAAGUGCCACACAUCUACUCACAACAUGCCUAUUCGUCGUAUUGGGCCUCAUCAAAUCAGGUUAUUCCGAGGAUUUGUACACAAUCACGGGAUCCUCUCCGGAAUCAUCGCCCCGGAUUGGGCAACCCAAAGCAUCACCCUUUUUCACAUCCAGAGGAGAUACCUACAAAGCCAAAGUCAGGGAUUCCGUGGUCCUCUUAUGUCAAGUGGAGAAUCUGGGCGAGUCCACUGUGAUUUGGAAGCAGUCCAAUCGGAUCAUUAGUGCUGGACCGGUGAUCAUUCGCAAAGACCAUCGGUUAAGUCUGGAGGAUAAGUUUAAUCUCCGCAUUGAUGAUCUCAAAGAGAGUGAUGAAGGGGAGUAUGUUUGUGAGAUCGAGACCUUUGGAUCGCCUAUGCAUCAAACGAGUCGGCUGGAAAUCUUGGUUCCUCCGUCAGUGUCACCUCAACCCUCGGAUGGAAAAUUUGUGGUUCGGAAGGGAUCCACCAUCACCUUGGAAUGCGAAGCCAAAGGAAAUCCAACCCCCAAAAUCACUUGGCAGAGAGCAAACAAUUUGCUGCCCUCUGGCGAUAAGACUUUAAACGGAGACUCCGUUGUCAUCCAAGAUGUGUCACGUCAUCAUUCCGGGAUCUACAUGUGCUCGGCCAACAAUGGCGUGGGUGACCCGGCCAUGGCCGAAAUAGACCUCAAAGUGCUUUAUCCUCCGGAGAUUGAAGUGGAUCAAUCCUGGAUUCGAACAGGAGAUGGGAUCGAAGCCGAGGUCUCUUGCAACGUCCAUGCUGAGCCCCGUGCAGAGGUGAAAUGGUACAAAGACACCAUGCUAUUGGAUCCCACCAACAAUCGUCACAUGGAAACUUUCGGCAAUCGACAUGUACUGAUUCUACGCAAUGUCAGAGAAACUGAUUUUGGAAAUUACUCAUGCACCGCUGACAACAGUCUUGGCCGCCAGAGGGGGUUUAUUGACGUUUCUGGUCGGCCUCAUUCUGCCAAGAUAGUAUCACCCCAUUUAAGCUACUUCAAGGAUCAAUACAACCUCACAUGGACAGUGGAUAGCUUCUUACAAAUCGAAGAGUACAGGAUCUUGUAUCGGGAAUUUAAGGCAACCUAUGGCCAAACCAGAAGCACUGGAGCCUUCGGAGAGCCUUCUCAGCAUCAACAUCAUUACCGACAAAGUCCGGAAUCCGAUUGGACGAAUAUCAUUCCCACCAUCAGCGAUCACAAGCCCAGUUCAUCGUUCAAGAACUCAUUCACUUACACCGGGAACUUUGUGUUCUACGGCCUCAAACCCUCCACGGAGUACGAGGUCAUCAUACAAAGUCGGAAUAAGGAGGGAUGGGCCGAUCCCAAUGACAUCUUCAAAUUCACAACGCGCUCAAGAGAUUACAAUCCCAUGGAGCUUGCAUCACACGAUCAACAAGGAUACUUCUCCAGCGCUCCUAGUCGAUUUUCUCAUCAUUUCUGUUCUUCCCUGGUCUUGUCAGUAUUGGUCACUCUGUGUCAUCACUUUUCACUAUGAAUCCUUUCGCAGCGAAGAGGGAACAAUUAGUGAAGGCAACCCUCCUCCAGCAUUUCCAGAACCUGGUGUGAGAAAGACAAAACAAAAAUACCUUCUCCUUCCGUUGAUCUAGUCACGGCCUGUUGUGAUGAACACAUGCCCAUCGAUAUCGUCAUUCUCCAAACGAGUGACCGCGUGGGCCGAUCACCACGUUUGUUGUGACUCUAAGUGCCAUGCUACAAAACCGGUUCAGUAUCCAGCGUGACCAGGUGGAAAAAAUAAAUUACCCAGAAGAAAGUAAUCCGUGCCCGCUUACCUCAAUGGAAAUUUGUGUUUUUGACAAGAUCGUCCAUGUGUUCUUGGACUCUUCCCGAGUAAAAAAGACUGCUGAGAAGUCUCCCUCUCCCUAACCAAAUUCGCGUUAUGAACUUGAGCUUUUGCACAAUGAACUGUUCUUUCUUGUGUCGAGAGCGUUGGGAGACAAACUAAGAAGUUUUAAUAUUAUCAUUCGUAAAAGUAUUAUGCGUUUGUGAAGCCUACGGCAUUCAAUAUUACCCAUUGUCAUUGUAUAGAUACAUGAACUUUCCCUUGAAUAAAUACCGAAAUCCAUA